AUGGCCUCGCGGUACUGGUUUGGGGGUACCUGGUACCGCCUGGAGGGGAAUGCCUUUGGGUACCCGUUGGCCGGUACCCGGCACCCGCGGGCGGGUACCCGCCGCACCCGCCGCGCACCCGCCAGGCGGUGCCGGAUGCGGUGUUGGGUGUCAGCUUUUGGUGAACAAACGGGUGCGUACCCGGGUACCCGCCUCCCGCGCUCGCUCGUCUUCCCCGCCCCGCUGAGCCUCAUCCUCGGCGACUGCGCCUCCGUCACCCUCGCCGUCCCCGCCUCCGUCACCCUCGCCGUCCCCGCCAACAGCCGCAAGCCAAUCAGCCACACCCUCGCCGAUCGCCGGCCUCCUCGCCCGCACCAACGCCCCCUCGCCCCUGCCCCACCCCUCGCUGAAAGCCGCCGGGCUCUCCAGCCUGGCAUUCAAGACCCCCGGCCUCGCCGGAACACACAAAGUCGCCCGCAACGCCGUCCUCGGGCACCUGUGGGACUUGUCGAGUACGCCCCCCGCUGCCUUCUCUUCCCCCACCCUAGAAAAAGCUGGGAGGUACCCCUGGUACCCCCAUAA